AUGGCUGAUGAUGCUACUGAAAGUCUCCGAUGGACAAAAUAUGUCGUUCUACAAAGUACUAUUGUUCCAUCAUUACUUUGUGAUAUCUAUGUUUUUAUUUAUUUUAUUCGUCAUUGGCAAAAAGAGAUUGUUAAAUCUCCACAACAUCAUGUCAUUAUCUGCAUGCUUAUCAUUAGUUUUUUACAAAAAACCACUGAUGCUCCCCUUCUUCUAUUCUAUCUUCGUUGGGGUGAAAAUUUUCAACAAACGUAUACAUUCUGUGCCGCUUGGAAUUGGUUAGAUUGUACAUUAACUGGCUGUGCUAUACAACUAGCAGCUUGGUUUUGUAUUGAAAGGCAUUUAUUUAUUUUUCAUAGUCAGUUGAUGAAGAAGAAAUGGUGUUCGAUCUUAUUUCAUUACAUACCUUUGUUUGUCUACUGUAUCUAUCUUCCAAUAUUUUAUGCAGUUGUAAUCUUUUUUCCAAGACAAUGUACGAAUAUAUGGGAUUAUUCAGUAGUAUUCUGCGGAGGAGCAUGUUAUAAUUAUUCCGACCCAUUCUUACCUACUUUUGAUUGGCUGUUUCAUUAUGCAUUAUCACUUUUGAUUAUAUUAUUUGCUAAUCUGCUGCUUUUUUAUCGAGUUAUCUAUCAAAAACUGCGACAACUAAGACCAAUAGAUUGGCAUCGCCAAAGACGAAUGAUCAUUCAGUUGCUUUUUAUUUCUACAACAUUUAUUAUUUUACAAUCUCCAUCAAUUGUCAUUGGUGUUAUUGAAGCAUUAUGGUCACCAACUUUUGCUUUUGAUAUACAAUACAAUUACUUCGCUUAUCUUUAUUAUUUUAUUAAUCAACUUUUACCAUUUGUUAUUAUUGGUUCAUUACCUAAUAUGCGGAAAGAAAUUCAGCAAUGGUUUCAACGUAUCAAAAGACGUCUAGAUGAGCAACCACGUAUUCAUCCAGGCACAACAAUUGCCUAA